AAUACGCAAUAUGUAAUACGCAGUAUUCAUACGUCGCAGUUUUUUUUACGGAAUAAAAUAGAAUAAAAUAUUCGCGGUCUCGUGAAUUAUCGCGCUGAUGGCAUGUCACGUGGUCUGAGUGCGGCUGAACCGUCAGUUUGUGACAAUGGCUGCCCCGGUAAAGAGACGUGAGGUUCAACGAAAUACGGAGGAUAGAAGUAGCGAUGACGAUGAUCAGAGCUCGUCGAACAGUGAGGAUAACGAGCAAAGAUCGCUGGAGGAACAUGCAAUGGUAAUUCAAGUAGACUUUGAAGGAAGAAAUCCAUUAGACCCAGAUUUUCAUGGCAUUAAGACCCUUUUACAGCAAUUAUUUUUGAAAGCUCACAUUGAUUUAGGUGGUCUGACAGAAUUAAUCAUCUCACAAAAUUAUGUGGGCUCGGUUGUUAAACAAUCAGACGAUGUAGCUGGAUCAGAUGACGAAGAGAUUGACAUAGAUGAUGUCUAUGGUGUUACUACAGUAAUUAAUUUAUCUAGUGGACAGAAUUAUGCUUGUAUACAACAACUCAGAGAGUUACUGAAGCAACUGGCAAAUGAACAUGCCACAGAUUCAGCAAAUGCCAUGAUAAAGCAUGUCCUUGAAAAUGACUCAGAAGCCAUAGGCUUGUUGAUCAAUGAAAGAUUUGUCAACAUUCCAGCACAAAUAUCUGUGCCACUUUUGGAGAACUUAAUCUCUGAAAUAAAGAGAGCAAACAACAAAAAAAUGCCUUUCAACUUUUCAUAUUACAUACUGAUCUGCAAACUGUACAAAACAGAAGAUAAAAAUCUAGAAAAGAAAUUUAAACACAAGAAGAAAGAUAACACAGAGGAACCAGCUAUAUUAUGGAGUAAUCCAGAGGAAGAAAUUUUCGCAGAGGAGGCAACAGUCAACUUUGAAUUCUCGGUUGAAAAGGAGUCAGACAGUGGUUUGUCUGGAACAUGGACAGAGGCAGAUGAUGAAAUGGUUCCUUACAGGAGGGUGCUCCUAUUCGAAGCUUCCAAACUCCAACCAAUUAUUGACAAAAUAAAAAACCAUGUUUCUUAA